CAGAGGUUAACACAAGAGAUUGGCUCGCCAUGAAACGGAAAGAGUGGUUAAGAAAGAGGCAAGACUGUUAACAGUUCCAGAGCUCGUGGGCUCCUAGGGGCAGUAGUUGCCUCAUUGCAGGGUCCAGGAGACACGGGACUGCGUGCACGAGAGGAGACGGGAGCCUCUGAGAGGCCAGAACACUAUGGAGAGUGAUCAGAGGGUGCCCCGAAAGGGCCGGAAGCUAGGCUCCAGCCGCCGGCGGCAGUUGCGAGAAACAGCUGAUGGCGAGGAUGUCCCUGUGGCCCCAGAGCCAGGCUCCUGGUCCUCCCAGGCAGCAGCAGAGCUACAGGGCUUCUUCCAGGACUGUGGUGCCAAGGAGAGGGGCUUUGUCACUCGAGAGGACCUGGCGGUGGCCAAGUUCAGCUUCCUGGGCAGUGAGGAGGAACUGGAGAUGAUCUUUGACUGGGUGGAUAUGGAACGGAAGGGACGUCUCUCCCUUGAAGAAUUCAGCUCUGGGCUCAAGAACAUCUUUGGCUCCAGCUUGAGCACCCACAGGCUACAUAGACAGAGGCCACUGCCUUCCAAGCGAGAAUCUGUAGCCACCAGCUUCCCAGUGCUGGAGGAGGCCGAUGCUGCAGAGAAGGAGGCAUUCUCUGCUUUCAUGGAGCAGCUGGGGGCCAGCCACUUACUUCCUGAGCAGGCGGAAAUCUGGCAGCUGUGGAGGAAGCUGCGGCAGGAGGAGCCCCAGCUGGCGGGCAACCUGGAGGGCUUUCUAGCCAAGAUGACUGGCCGCCUGCAGGAGGCACGGGCUGACAAGGAGGUUCUGGAACUGACCCUGAGGAAGCGGGACUCUGACCACCAUCGCGAGGUUCAGCAACUCUACGAGGAAAUGGAGCAGCAGAUCCAGUGGGAGAAGCAGCAGCUGCAGGCUGAGAGUGACUCCCGGGGCCUGGCCCUCAGCUCCCAGAUGCAGGAGGUACUGGAGGCCAAAGAACGUGAGGUGCAGCGGCUGACUGAGGGCCAGAAGGAGCUGGAGGCCCAGCUCCACCGCCUCAGCAGCACACACCAGGAGGCCAGCUCGGAGAACCAGCAGCUUCGGGAGGCCGAGCGUGACCUGGCUGGGCGGCUGGAGGAGGUGCGGGGAAAGCUGCAGGUGACCAGGGGGCACCUGAAUGCUGCCAGGGGCCGUGUGUCCUGGCAGAUGGAGGAGGAACCGAGUAUCCCCAGAGCAGGUGAGGAGAAGGCUCCAGACCCUCAGGCAGUCUCCUCUGAGGAGGCUCCCCUGCCGGGACUGUUUGGGGACAACGAUGACUGGGACCAGCUCCUGAGCAGCAUCAGCAGCACCCCCCACAGAGCCCUGCAGAUCUCCUGGAGCCCACCCCCAACCCCGAGAGCCCCCUCAGGCCCCCAGACACCCCGAGUGGUCAGGCAGAUCUCUAUAUCGGAGCCACGUGCUUUUCUGUUUGGUCAGGAGCCACCUUCAGAUCCAGAUGGGGCUCCAAGGAGCCCCCCUGGAGUGACUUCCCAGACCAAGGAAGAGAAAGCAGUGGAUCCAGAUGGGCAGGACAUCAGCCCAGGGCAGUCCAAUGAACUCCCCAGCCUGGAACCCAAGGAGGAGUCAGGGCCUGGGCCUCGGGUCCACUUCCAUUGGGGUCUCCCAGGAGCCCCAACUGGGGAGUCAGGGAGUCUGGUGGCAACUGAGCUUAAAGUGCUUAUUCCUUUGGAGGAUAGGCCCCCUCAUCCUGUGACCUCUCCCCCUCCCCAGGCCCCAGCUGGGCCCAGAGAACAGUUCCAGGCCUUAUACCCAGGCGAUGAGGGUCCUGAGCUUGGGCCUGUCCCAGCCAAGCUGCCCAGGCAAAGAGAGGCCCUACAUCAGGACCCACAUGCCACUGGCUCUGAGCCAGGACAUGGGUCCCCAGAAGCUGGAGCCCUCAUAGCAGGGCUGGCUGAGCCCUCCCAGGGUCUGGAGCCUGUAGGUCAGACUCCCACAGAGAGAUUGGAGCAGAGCAAGCCAGGCCCAGAUGUGCAGGAGAGCCAUCCUGGGGGGCUACAAGGAGCUCAUGGCCAGAUCCUUGGGCCAGAAGGGCUGCCUGCCCUCGCCCACCAGGGUCUGGAAGAGGAGUCCAGGGUGGAGGAAAGUAAAGGAGUGGACCGAGGAGGGCAGGAUCUCAGUUCAGAGCUAUCCAUUGAGGCUCUUGGCUUGAAAACUGGGCAUUCAGAACUCCCCCAGCAAGAUUUCCUGCCUGCUUCCCUCCCACAUGACCCAGCACAGGCUCAGGCCGAAGCAGAAACCCCUGCUCCUGGAAAACCAUCACCUCCAAGGGACUCUCCCCACACUGGGGCUCAGCCUGGGGAUGGAGCAGGGCCCUGGGAGCCUACACAAACCCUCCCAACCAGGGCUGAACUGGAAGCCCAACCCAGGCCCCCACCCACAACUGCUCACGCAGAAGAACAAGGUCCCCCUCAAUCCAGAGACCCGAGGGCAGAGAACUGGCCUAAAGACCCAGGAAUGGACUCCAGGGGUGCUGGGUCAACCCCAUUUCCAGGGGAGCACAUGGCCAGUGAGCCUCCUUCAGCCAACCCUGAUUACGCCUUCCAUGUCAUCUUCCUGGGAGACUCGAACGUGGGCAAAACAUCUUUCCUGCACCUGCUGCAUCAGAACUCAUUUGCUACUCAGCUGACAGCCACCGUAGGAGUGGAUUUUCGGGUCAAAAACCUGAUGGUGGACAACAAGUGCUUUGCGCUGCAGCUCUGGGACACGGCUGGCCAGGAGAGGUACCACAGCAUGACGCGGCAGCUGCUCCGCAAAGCUGAUGGAGUGGUGCUCAUGUACGAUGUCACCUCCCAGGAGAGCUUUGCCCAUGUGCGCUACUGGCUGGACUGUCUCCAGGAUACAGUGUCCGAUGGGGUGGUCAUCCUUCUCCUGGGAAACAAGAUGGACUGUAAGGAGGAGCGGCAAGUGUCCACUGAGGCCGGGCAGCAACUGGCCCAGGAGCUGGGGGUCUCCUUUGGAGAGUGCAGUGCUGCCCUGGGUCACAACAUCCUGGAGCCCGUGGUGAAUCUGGCCCGGUCACUCAAGAUGCAAGAAGACCGACUAAAGGGCUCACUGGUGGAGGUGGCCCCUGAGAAGCCACCAAAGAGAGCUGGUUGCUGCUCAUGACCCCCUGGCCUGUCUGAGGUAGAAUGGCCACUUCCCUGGGUUUCCUGUUCCCACCUGCCUGGACACAGCAGUGACAGAGAUGGCCAGCUUGGAAGUUCAGGAAAAUCCUCCUCAGGUCAGGACUUGGCUCCCAGGCAGGGGCUGUACUAACACUGACCUUUGUACUUCAAAGAAGGACUUUUCUGAGUAAUAAGGCUGGGGAGUGGAGGUGGGGGCAGUUAAAACUCUUUAAAGAAAGGGAAAGUCUAGAAAAAUGACUUAAGGAAAACACACCACAACACUGGCAAAACAUCUCUGGGUGGUAACAUUAUAGGGUAAAUGUAUGGGGGUGGUAUUUUCCUUUUUUUACGUAUUUGUAUUUUCAAAUCUUCUACACUGACUGAGUGUUCCCCAUACAGUCAGAAAUAAGAAUAAAUGUUGAGGGGAGGGAAAGAAACUUAAAAGAGCUUGCUUUGGUGCUGAUUACCAGUUGAUAUAGCCUGUUUAUUAAAGCCGUCCUAUUGUUCCAUGCCUGGCAAAGCUGGUGAAUCUUGUCUCAUUCACUGUAUCUGUUUGCAAGCAUGGGGUUUCUUUUGAGCAGAAUCUGAUUCCUGGGGAAGAGCAAUGUUCUGAUGGCCCCUGCUAUGCCCCAUUUCCCCCAUCUCCCUGAGCCCCGACCACACUCUCCCCAAAAAUCUGCCUGUAAGGGGUCAUAUCUGGGGAUCUCAUCCCCUGCCUCCACGCCACGGUGCCCCUAUGGGAACCUCUGUCUUGAGGUGUCAAUCUCUGGAUGCAGUCGAGGUGCAGCUGGGG